CGCGAACCUGGCUGCAGUGGCUGUGUAGGAGGAGGCCAGCUACUGCAGUAUGGCGUGAACUGUUCGAUUUUGAGACAAACAAUCAUCCGGACGAAACAAGCACUCAACGCCCUUCUACUCUGGGUGCGGAAGCAUCUUUUAGCACUUUCAGUGAAAGACAUUUCAACCAGGCAAACGUCUUGCCCCAGGGGCCGAACAUGAUGCAGUGGAUCGAGGGUUUCGACUCGCAAAACUUCCAGCUUGACAUCGUCGGUUUUCUUGCCAUCCUUGGAGAGGGUUCCGUUGAGACAAUCGCCCAAAUUGCUACAUUAAGUCACCUCAUAUAUCUCCCUCGACUCCUCCCUGCCCCGCAAACCUUCAUUAGACCCUCCCGGCCUGAGAAGCUCGAGACGACGGCCGGGGCAAAAGUGAUUGGAGUCCAUUCCGGCAAUGCUGGGGAAAAUAUCCAUCAUGUGGCCCAUGCGCUCCACCGAGGGGACAAGCUGGCGCCCAAUACUGUGAGCUGUAUCAGAAUCUUAGAGAAUGACAAACCUCGGCCAUCUAUCAAAAGAUUUGGGCCCUUGGCCUUUUUGUCCUUUCUGGGGUUUGCCAUGAGUGCCACUUUAUUGGGCAUGUCCAUUCACUACAAUGAUGGUAUGGCUCUCCUUGCUACCUGUCUGUUGUCAUUUCUGGGGACUACGACGGGGGUCGCCAACAAAUGGAGCCCAACCCCAAACGACCCAAAGCCUGAUCCUCACUCGCCGCGUGGGGAUGUCGUGAUCAAAUAUCCCCAAGGCGCCUUUAUAGUGGUCUCGUGCGAAGAGCGGACUGCACGAUAUCUUUAUUUCAAUCCCAGCGAGCGGUGUAUCUAUCUCAUCAAGAGCACUACGCUGUAUCGAGUCUUUUCAUUGGUAUCCACACUGCUGCUCAUGGGGGGUGUGAUAUCGCUUGCCAAUGCCACCAUUGAACUCCAGACAGCCUUUGCCGGUUCUUACAUGUUGAUCAACAUAUUCUACUGGAUCGGAGCUGCUCUGCCCCCGGCACACCAUUGGGACCUUUCACGAUUGGAAAUGACUCACAUUGUGGUGAAGGGCGGAAGACCUCCUAAAAGUGCCACCUUGGACAAUGUCCCCCUGACAUAUACCGAAGCCUUGUGGAAAGCUAUUGCGGUUACAGGGACGAGCAACUGGGCCAGGGAGGCAGGCUGGGCGCCGAAGACGCCGGCUUGGGCAGAUUGGCUCGAUGAGGCCGAGGAGGCUGCUCGAGGCGAGCCCCUUAAGUCGAGUGUCGAGGACAUUAACGGUCAGCAGACCGAAGUCUGGAGAAUCCGCAACUGGGAUAGCAGGAGUGCGCUCUCGACGCUGUUACGAUCCACGACGGACAGAAUCAGUGCCAGACCAGCCUGA